AGAAGGAGUGUUAAUUAGUAGCACCUAGUUUAGAUUCAGAUCGAUCUACGAAUUAAUGGCGACUCUGCAAAAAUUCAAGCUACUAGGCACGCAGUGCACGAUAGCAGGAAGUCCGGGGAGGAGCCCGAGUGCAAGUCCUGUCAUCCACAUCCACCGACAUAAAACUCUCCACAUGCUUCUCAACCGUUCGUCUGGUUCAGAGCGCCACCGAUUCGGCCAUUGCGAUGACCGGGAGAAGGUUGCGGAUCAGUCUCCAAAAAAAACCGCUGCUACUGAAACCAGUAACAAGAAGGGCGGCACUCCGAGGAGCGCAAGUGACGGUCUGGCGGCACGCCACGGCAGUUCUCUGAGGCAGAUAACAAGGGCAUUUCGGUAUAGAUUACUAAGGAGAGCUUGGCAACCUGUCAAUCCUCCCACCAGUUUCAAACGCCAAGUCACUGAUAAUCUUCAGAGGUGGGUCAUUGAAGUAAACGGAGCCCCUGGAACUCUAUAUGCAAAUGAAACUUACCAGCUUCAGGUUGAUUUCCCCGAGAAUUACCCGAUGGAAUCUCCCCAGGUUGGAAGAAACCUAGAAGUGAGAGUAAAUCUACAAGGGGGCUGUUCUGCAUCAACAAAAAGAGACAAUAUUGCCAUGUCAUCAAUUGGCAAGAGCGGAAGGGGAAGGGGAAGGGGAAGGGGAAGGGGAAGGAGAAGGAGAAGAGGGAAGGGACGGGGGAGAGGAGAGAGACGGAUGGUAGUGGACAGAAGCAAUGUUAAGUACUCUGAGGAAGCUGACGACCCAUAUGCUGGUGACGAAGCAGAUGAAGAAAAGUUGAUACAAGAGAUUGGACGUGAGAACGUGAGCAGCAUUGUUGAUGGGUUUUUGGAUGCAAGCAGUAGGGUCGUGCAUUCGCCUUUGGACGAUGCUUAUUUGGAUGCCUUCCACACUAAUUGCCUGAAAGUUGAAGUCAUUAGCAGUGUGUUUGAUGGAGGAUUGCUGGAUAGAAUAAAGAGCAGUGCUAGGGGCACUCGCCUCUUGCACUCUCCAACAAACACUUCACCUUUCAUUGGGCCACUUAAGCUUGUUUCACGCUUUGAGUGCAACCUCUUACCAAUUAGAAUAACAUUGAGUGUGAGCACAAACCCAGAUAUUGAUGAUAAACCGUCAAUUCCUCUUUGUGAUGCACUUGCUUCGCAAAGCCCUUCCUGAUGGCAUAUGAAGGAAUUCAAAGUCAAGAAGAAUGGGAGGAAGCUGUCAAAGAAGCGAUUGAGAAGGGCCUGUUAUGGGAAAAGGUUAUUGAUCAGUACUGUUGACCUGAUAGGAUUACAGCAAAGAAACAGCAAGAGGAGCUAGAAAAAGUUGCCAAAAACAUUCCUAACAGUGCGCCUGCUUCUGUGCAGCAAUCUGCCAAUCGUUCAGUUCUUUCCUUGCAGAGCAAUUCAUGGAUAAGCUUGCACGGGAGGUCCCUCAACAAUACAGUUGAAGUUGGAAGGCUUGUUUCUGAUGAUGAUGUCGUGAUUACUGAGAUCCAUCUUUAUCUGGAAUCGAUAUAUGUUGAUUCAAUCUUCAUUUGAAAAAUAAUCUGAUAUGCAAAAU